CUUCUUUCUCUUCACCGUCGACCUCAUAAAAUGGGCAGCACUAAUACUGGCGGCAGCAGCAGAAGGAACAAUCUGCCGGGAGUCGGAUUCCACCCCAAGGAGGAGCAACUCAUCAGUUUCUUCCUCACAAACAAGGUGCUCGGCCGUGAUUACGAAGUCCAACACAUUCCUACUCUCGAUGACAUUUGCAAAUACGAGCCCUGGGAUCUGCCUGAAAUUUCAACCAUGGAGGCAGGUGUUGGGGUUCAAGAAUGGUACUUUUUUUGUCCACCAAAAUAUAAAUACCAAAACAGCGAAUUAAUAAACAGGAAGACGAAAGAGGGAUACUGGAAAGUAACGUGCAGAUCCCGUAAUUUCAAGUCUGGAAAUGGCACGGUCGGCGAGAAGACUACUUUGGUUUUCUUUCAAGGAUCCAGUCGAAAAGGAAAAAGAACCUCUUGGAUCAUGUACCAGUACAAGCUCACUUCUGAUAUUCCUAACCAAAAGAAGUGGGUUUUUCUCUAUAAAUUGAUGAAAAGAGAUAAUGGCAAGGCUAACGCCUCCAUCAAUACAAGUCAGCCAAGUUAUGACUUACCUAAUGCAAAUGCAAUUAUUGAUUUGGGAGACUCGGAGACGCCUGAAACAGGGCAGGGUGCCCUGCUUCAGAUGAAAUCAGAUGAAAGUCAACCAAGUCAUGACAACGGAAAUGGUCUAGGAGUAAGUUGCAUUGCGGAUAUUUCAUUGAGAUAUUACUGAUGCAUCUAAAUAUUUACAUCGAUCUAUUAAACAUGAAUGAUCCAGAAAUGUGAUCUGCAUUUUGGUAUCUUUAGUCUGAUAUAACGAGUGGAACAGGAUAAGUUAUGAUUGUUUUGUCUAUGAAGCAGGAUUUGGGAGACUUGGCUGAGCUUGCAGAUGGGCAAAUUGCUGAUGUAGUUUCUCAUUUGCAGCCAGAAAUGAAAUCAUUCUUCGAUGAGACGUAUUACAGCUUGCUCUCUGUACUGCAGCCACAGAUGCAGGGGGAGCAGCAGCAGGCCGCCUCCUUGAUUUUCCCUACGUCCAGUGAUUCUAGUGGCAACACGUCUCAGAAUCAUUACUACUCCGGCGACUUCAACCAAGACUCUGAAUUGCAGCCACAGUUGCAGGGGGAGCAACAGGCCUCCUCGUCCUUGUGCUUCCCUUUGUCCAAUGAUUCUGAGAAUCAUUGCUACUCUGGUAACAUCAUCAAAGUGGAUGAUGUGCUUUGGAAUUCACUUCUUGGGUAACAAUUCAACGAAGUCUCCCACGAAGAAGAAAGCAAUUACCACACUUGAUUAUUACUUCAUCAGCAUAAUCAAGAACUGGUGAAAUAAUAUAGUGAGACCUACGCGCUAGCCAAGUGCGCCACUACCCCUUGUAUAAACGAAUUAUUACUACUAUAAUCUAUCUAUAUUUUGUUAAUGUACUGUAAUUGUAUUUUCAUGGUGUUCAUUUUAUUUUAAUGUCAUUAAACAUUUUUCCUUUUC